AUGCCGAUGAACUGGAACGCCGACACUGAUGCCAAACUCCUAGUGGGAAUCCUCAUGCAGCUCCGUUCCGCCGGCGUCAAGGUGAAUACUAACGAACUGGCGAUGUUCAUGGGACCUGGAUGUACGCCCAGUGCGAUCGGCAACCGCAUCGUCCGCCUCCGCCGUCAGGUCGAGGGACUUCCGGGGACCCCCGAGGCCGGGCGUACUCCUCAAAAGGCGAAGCGCAAGAACGCUAACUCGGAGCCCAUGACGCCCACGAAGAAGGGGAUGGUUACAAAUUCCGCUCUAGACUCUGAAUGGCCUGAGGUUUCUGUUCAAAUUCCCAUUGUUAAGAUGGAGGUGAAGAAGGAGGUCAAGCAGGAACCAGUGCAGGAUGGGGGCUUUGCAGUGCGGGAGUGUUUCGAGCUGGAGGAAGUCGUUGAUUGGGUUGAUAUGAAAUGA